AUGGCUUCAUGGAUCAUACAAGAAAUUAUUACAAAGUUUGCCUGUCAGAUUAGUGGUUACGAUCAUUUGCAGAAUACGAAUGCAGUCAUGGAGUCCCGGUCUUUAUUACUUACCAUAAUUAUGGCGAACGGAGAUGAAAAGAUGAUGGCGGUAGUAGUGAAAAAUAGUACAGGUAGACGAAACACCUUCACAGCUAAUAUGAUGCAGUUGUCGAAAUUAGCAUAA